AUGUCGACGUUCACCGACAGAAAUGGUGGUCUCGCCGCUCCUCGAGACUCACUAGAACUCGCCUCUCUAGCAUCCUCCUCUCCUGCAUCAGUCGACAGAUCCUCGCGAUCAUCCUCUCCCGACGGAAUCUCCUCUUCGCGCAAGCUCUCCCUCGAAGACGAGGACCCUCUUACCGGUCCCGCAGGAGACGUAUACCUAGAAGCAGGGCGACAGCGAGGAUAUUCGAUAUCUUCGGCCUUCGAUUUCGGAGGGAACCUUUUCCCUCUCUCUCAGACACAGGGUGGAUAUGCGCCCUUAGGGACACCGUCACUGGAUCGCGCAGGACCAGAUGGAUCACUCGAGCGAAAUAAGACAUUAACGUACCUGAAUGGACUAUCGUUGAUUGUGGGGUUGAUUAUUGGAUCUGGUAUCUUCUCAUCGCCGAGUCAAGUCAAUGCGAACGCUGGAUCUCCCGGUGCAUCGCUUAUUGUUUGGGCUGUCGCGGGUUUACUAGCUUGGACGGGUGCGGCUAGUUAUGCGGAGCUGGGAGGUGCGAUUCCACUCAAUGGAGGCGCACAAGUCUACCUGUCUAAGAUCUUUGGAGAGUUGAUGGGAUUUCUGUUUACAUGGUGUGCGGUUCUCGUUUUGAAGCCUGGGUCUGCAGCUAUCAUUGCGAUUAUUUUUGGCGAAUACGUUGUGCGCGCAUUUGUUGGUGCGGAUGUGGUUAUGGUCAACCCUUGGAUUAACAAGGGCGUUGCACUCGGAGCUCUCUUAGUGGUUACUUUGUUCAAUUGCAUCUCUACGAAGAUUGCGACUCGAAUCGGUGAUCUACUUAUGUUCUUCAAGUUCAUUGCGCUACUUUUUGUCACGAUCACUGGAAUUGUCGUGGCUAUCACGGGAUUCUCAGCUAAGGGAAGUGCCAACGAAGAAUGGAAAACCCAUGGAUGGUUUGAGGGUACCAAUACCGAGAUAUCUGAUUUUGCUGUGGCGCUCUACGCUGGUCUAUGGGCUUUUGAUGGCUGGGACAAUACCAACUACGUGACUGGCGAGUUCAAGAAUCCCAAACGUGAUCUACCGCGAGUCAUCCAUACCGCCAUGCCACUGGUGAUACUUUCAUACCUCAUGGCCAACGUAGCCUACUUCCUCGUUCUUCCGCACGACACCAUCGAGGCAAGCAACACCGUAGCCGUGCAAUUCGGCAGCAAAGUCUUCGGCUCAGUCGGCGGUCUCGUUCUCGCGCUGGUUGUAUCAGCCAGUUGUUUCGGCGCACUCAACGCAACCACAUUCACCAGUGGACGACUUGUCUACGCAGCCGGUAAAGAGGGAUACCUCCCGUCAUUGUUCGGUCGCCUUGGCUUUGGAGCUGUAUCUUCGAAUCCACCUCCUGGGGGUCGUCUACGCAGUCGAUCCUGGGCCCGUCGAUCUAUUUCCCGUGUGCUAGGUGAUAAUGCCCGACUGGGAUUUACUCCUAUCAACGCGAUGGCAUUCAACGCCGUCUUGACAGCCAUCUAUGUCGUCGUGGGUGAAUUCGGCACACUGGUUACAUUCUACGGUGUUGCCGGAUACACCUUCUACUUCCUGACGGUACUGGGUCUAAUCGUUCUUCGAAUCCGUGAACCGCAUUUAGAACGUCCAUACCGUACAUGGAUCACAACACCCAUCAUCUUCUGCUGUGUCAGUUUAUUCCUUCUUAGUCGUGCAGUUAUUGCUGAACCCCUCCAAACAUUGAUCGUGGUGGGAUUCAUUAUUACUGGUAUCCCGGUCUACUACUGGAGGAUCUACCAACGCGAUGGACAUAUUGGGAUCUCUUGGAAGUUUUGGACAUGGCGUCGGUAA